AAACAAGGUUGGAGUAUAAAGUUGGGGGAUCAUUAGAAACUUUCUUGUUCGGGAGUAAGGACUAGGACGGAGUAGGGUUUAGGCUCAACACGGAAAUAUUCAACGGAGGGAAUAUUAUGAGAAAUGAACAGGCGGAGGAAGAUGUUGGGGCGAGCAAACGAAUUAUAUUCACCUAUCCUAUGGUUUCACACACAGAUAUGACAGAAAUAAUGAAGACUGAAACUCUUGAGUUAUGCACAAAUGCUUGUGAAAAACAUGUGAACAACAACGAAUUGGCUGCAAAGAUGAUAAAAGAGAACCUGGAUAUAAAGUAUGGACCGACCUGGCAUGUCGUAGUGGGGGAAGGAUUUAGCUUCGACCUCACAUAUGAGGUUAAAUAA